GUAAUUUCUGUCACCGCUUGUAGUUUAUCCAAACUCCCGUUCCUUGCGCAGGCAGACCAGUCCGUGUUUUGGCGGAGUCUCUCUCUCUCAUUUUAAAAGCCACUUCAACCUCAGUCUCAAAGCUCUGAAAAAACCAACUAGCCACCCGAAAGGCACAGGAUCAGAGUAGGAUCAGAUAUUUGCUGUGAGAAACCUCCAUCCGUAUGCGAUCUCCUCUAACGGGAGAACUGAGGUGAUGGCGGGUUGCGCGGAGGAUUCGUGGAUUUUUGCUUGACAGGCACCAAAUCUUCUGUUGGAUUAGUUGAUUUACCUAUUUAUGGGGGAUUUGCUUUUACCUGAUAGAAAAUGCCAUUUGACAAACGGAUCGUUGAACCCCAGCUGCUGUGCAGACACCCCAUCCCUAAUGAUGAAGGGUUACUAUUCGAGGAUCUGUGCUCCAUCAGCAACGUGGCUCUAUCCCGGACCCUGCGGCAGCUCUCCGACUUGGCUAAACAUGCCUGUUCCUUAUUUCAGGAGCUCGAGAACGAGCUUAUGUCCACAAACCAAAGGGUUUGGGCUCUGCAGAACAAAAUAGGCAAAAUUCAGCAAACCGCCAAUGCGCUGGAUCCAAAACUGGAGGCUGUGCCUGUAUCUAAUCUGGACGUUGAGAGUAAAUUGACUUCCCACUAUCAGGCUCCAUGGCAUCAGCAGCACAAUUUCUUCCACCCUUGUACACGGCCACCAUGCCUGGAGGAGUUACACCGGCACACCAAGUUCAACCUGCGGGCGCUGCACAGAGACCAGCAGCAGCGCCAGCGUUCAACCAGCAGAGAACGUGGUCGGGUGACCAUAUCAAUAUCUGUUGCUCCGCCCAUGCCAACCCUCCCCUCCACUCACAAACUCAGAAGGCGUGAGCAGAGGGGCCGAUACUCACGCCUGGAGAGGAACAUUAGGGAGAGUGAUGUUCAGACUAUCCAGAGAAAGGAGAAGCCAGCCAAGGAGGCUGACAUCAAACCAGUCCUAAGAAAGGCUGGUACCAACACGGAAACAGAUGGAGAAAUACCGGCAUUGAACCACAGGCCUAAAUGUCCUGUUCCCAAUGUCCCUACAACCCUGGACAAACAGACCAACUUGUGCAAAGCUCUGCCUCUUCCUACGCCAGAGGAGAGAUUGAAGAAUGAGUCUCAAGUGAUUUCCUCCUGUAUCAUUCCCAUCAAUGUCUCGGGUGUUGGAUUUGACAGAGAAGCCAGUGCUCGCUGCUCUCUUGUUCACUCACAGUCAGUUCUACAGAGGCGAAGGAAACUCAGGAGACGAAAAACGAUCACUGGCAUCCCCAAACGAGUACAACAAGACAUGGAUUCGGAUGAAUCACCUGUGGCCAGAGAGAGAACAGUGAUUAUUCAUACCAAUCCACACAAGUCACUGUGGCAUGAGGAUCUAUCCCUGAGUGGCCGAGUAUUGCACACCAAAGACUCUGGCUGCCAGACAGAUGACUUCCUGAUCGCUGCUCCAUCCCGGAGGCGUAUCCGUGCCCAAAGGGGUCAAGGAAUACCAGCUUCUCUUUCACACUCCACAGGAAACAUCACCUCCCUUCCGGAUCGCUCGGAUACUGUUUAUGCCGCAGCAUUAGCUACACGUGUUCGCUCUAGAAGUUUACCCCGUGAGGGUGGCAGGCUUCUGGAUGAGGAUCAAGAUGACAGUGAUGAGGAUGACGAUGAUGAAGAGGAAGAGGACGAGCUCUCUCCUUAUGAGGCAGAGGACUUCCUGCCCGGUCCGGGACAGAGAAUUACAAAGGAUGAAGAGGAAAGCACUGAUGACCAGGCUAUGCCAGAGCUCCACUUUGGCAGUCUCAAGCAUACGCAGCACUCCGGGAGCCCUGACCACUCGUGGAACGAGAGAGGCAGAUCCAGGCUACCACGCAAAGUUGACAUGGGGAGCUGUGAGAUCUCCUCCAGCUCAGAUACUUUCAGCAGUCCCAUUCACUCUACCUCUACCACAGGGGUGCUUGGAGGCCAAAUCGACCAUAAAGAGGACCACCAGUCCUCAAGCGGCAACUGGAGUGGAAGCAGCUCCACGUGCCCAUCACAGACUUCUGAGACUAUUCCACCUGCUGCCUCACCUCCCCUGACUGGGUCUUCACACUGUGAUUCAGAACUUUCCCUCAAUACUGGAUCCCAUGUCAUUGAUGACACCACUGGCUUUAUAAUUGACCCCUACCACAUAGACAAGCCGCAAGGACAGGGCCACAGAUCCAAUUCUUUUACCUCAUCAGCUACUGAUCAGAUGGAUGAUGCAGGGGUCAGUACUGCCAGUGAUGGUGAGUGGAACUGCACCCAGGACCAGCAAGAUCAACCCUGCCCCCAAGACUUCAGCCCAAACUAUUCCAGAGAGGAUGAAAGUGGUGUCAGCUGUCCCAGUUAUUCCAGCGGGGAAACUUAUGAGAGCUUUAGCGAACAAGCAUCCACUGGGAAAUCAGAGACAAGGCAUAUUGUCGACACCGAAGGAUUCUAUUCCUCAAUGCACUUUGAUUGUGGUCUUAAGGGUAGCAGAAGCUACUACAACUAUGCAGCCAUUGACCCUGACUGUGGCCCGAGUGGGAACAUAGCACCUGGCAUGGGGGAAUACCCUGAUUCGGAAUUUAAAGCAACCAGGACAUUAGGGAGACCGUAUCUCACCUUGAGAAAACCAAAGGCCAAGCCACCCCCACCAAAACGUAGCUCUUCAUUAAAGGAAACAAGCAGUUGUGUGAACGUUCUGGAGGAGAACGAACCAAAGAUUACUAGCGAGCUGCCACUGCCCUUGUCUUCCAGGGAGAUGAAACUGCAGCUGGACUUGGCUGGUUCUGUAGGGCACCUUGACGCUGCGGGUCUCGAGUCGCUUGGUGCUUGGGGAGUGGACAAUGUCAGGGAUAUACUUGACUGCUCCUCUCCGUUUAGUUCCUCGGACACACAUUCCUUCAAGGACGAAGGUGCUGUGCAAGCAGACUAUGCAGACCUCUGGCUCCACAAUGACUUGAAAUCGAAUGACCCAUACAGGUCCAUGUCCAACUCUAGCACUCCUACAGGCUCAACUGUUAUCGAAUGCAUCAAGACGCCGGAAUGUGCAGAAACGCAAGCCUGCCAACCCAGGUCAAGGCCUACUUCCCCAACUCUUCCUCCACCUGAGGGUGAUGCCAAGCUGGGUUCCCCUGAAAAGCUGGCGGGUUUAGCAUCUCCUUCCAGUGGAUAUUCCAGUCAAUCCGAGACGUCUACAUCUUCCUUCCCCUCUGCUUUCUUCCCGGGGCCUCUGUCUCCAAACACUGGCAAGAGGAAACCCAAAGUCCCUGAAAGGAAGUCUUCACUUUGUUCCUUGCAACAGACACAGCUUUCGGUCAGAGACUCCUCCAGGAGGGAAAAUGACUUCCAGGACAUACCCCCUAGUCACCUCGACCUAAGUGCUCUUCACAGCAAACAUUUCACUAACAGAAAUCAGAUGUACAUCCUCCACCAGAAUAAGCAGAAAGUUGCCAUAGCUGCAGCUGCCGCUGCAGAAGCCCGUAGCGCAGCCGCGGCCGCUGCUGCAGUAGCUCGCGCUGCUGCAGAAUCUUGCACUACUGCACCCACCGCAUCUACUACAGAGAGUGUGCCAUGCCCAUCGUCUACUUCAGCACAUUUGGCCAUCACUCCAAAUGUUCUCAGAGCAGUGCAACUGCGAUCUAUUAGUAGACCACUUAACGGGAACCAAGGGUAUGAUCCUGCCAACUUAAUUCUAGCUACACGCCCCAAGUGUCCCACAGUGAUAACAGAUGCAACACCUUGUGGCAACAGGCACCACAGAAAACCACCAGCUUACAAACCCCCUGCGGCGCAGAUCUGCGAGUCACAGGUUCCACCUGUGGUGGAAAACGUUGAGGAGGUAAGAAUAAGACAAGAGAGGCUUGGUACUCGUACUUACUGGGCAAUGACCGCUUUCAGAACACCUGUAGACAAUAAUCCUGAAAAAGAUGACUCGUCUACGAGAUUAUUUGAAGGUACUGAGAUGCACAGCUCUCAGCACGAACAAGACCACAGAUGGUACUCAGAUGAGCAACUGACAUCACCAGAGAGACUUAAACAAAAACUAAGUCAACUAUUAAGGUCAGACCUUUCAGCAGAGCCAAUGUCUCUGGCCAGCACAAUGCCUCCCCCAGCUUACAGUGAGAUCCAGAGGAGCAUUUUUGUACCGUGCAACAGUCCUGACAAAGUGCCUGUUUCAACUCAAAAGGCAUCGCACACUUACACAAUCAGCGAUGUGCUAGGCAGAGAGGAGGAAUAUGGGACAUCAGGUGUCACAACCAGAAGUGCCUCACAGGACAUAAGAGAGGAAGAGUCGACCCCAGACACAGAGGACUACUUUAGCAAGGAUUCAACUCCUAGUGACAAUUCAUCCUCUCCUUUGACGGAUGACUCCAAAACUGAUGAUGAUAGUGUUUUCCCAUCCCCUAACAGACUACGCACAACUGAUGAUCUGUUUGCAAUGAUACACAGAUCUAAACGGAAAGUGCUUGGACGGAAAGAUUCCGGGGAGAUGAACGUAAAAAGUCGGCCCGGUGUAGUAACUGCGACAGCUCCCGUCAGUACUCCUACUGUAUGCCCAGUUACACCCGUAGCCACAGUCUCCCCUAACAUCCCCCAGCGAGCCUCAGGACCCAUCUACAGGUGUGCCAAAAAGUCCAGCACGUCCAGUGAGGAGUUCAAACUCCUGCUCUUAAAGAAGGGUAGUCGUACAGACUCGAGUUACCGCAUGUCUGCAACAGAGAUCCUUAAGAGCCCCAUCACACCCAAAUCCCAAGGAGAGCUUUUAGAUGCUGCAAGGCCCUCCCAACCCCUACAGGAUUCCACUUAUGGCGAUACACUUCAAAACCCGUUACCUAAGGCCAACAGUGAGGGAUUCUCCCCAAAAACACUGACCAUGUCAGCAGCCUCCAGACAGGGACGGUCCAGAAUUCCACCUGCGGCUAAUAGCAGCCGCUAUAGUACGCGGAGUCGGCUUUACACUGCUCCGAUGCAGGCCAUAUCUGAAGGAGAGACUGAGAACUCAGAUGGUAGUCCACAUGAUGACCGCUCUUCUUAGUGUGUGGUUUUGUUUUUACCACAAAAUGGUACAUUUUUGAUAGUAUGAAAACAUUUGGGAGUGCUGUAGGCAUAUUAAGAUCUACCUUAGUUUUCCUUAAAAUGUUUGUUGUUUUGAAAAGACAUGGGUUGAUUUCCUUAAUCCACUUUGGUAGGUCAAUUGAACCCCUUGGAAGUGGAUUUGUGAGUGGAUUGUUGUUUUGUCAGCGUAUAUUUGACUUCAAUCGCAGGUUUUAUUUUUUUUGUUUUGCCUCCAAAAUUAGGUCAAAUGACUAAUGAGUCAUACUGAAAAUUUGACUUUUUAAAAAUAUAUAUUUUAUGAAAACUAUUUCCAUUAUCCAUCACAAAGUUACUGUAUGAGCUAUAUAUUAUAUGAUCCAGCAUUGUUUAAUGCGAUGAUGUGAAGGUUUACUGAGGACAAUCGCACUAAAGCUCUUAGGUGAAGAUGUCUAACCAUGCAAAGAAAAUAACUUCUGAGACAAAGAAAGCCAAGGAUUAAAUGACCGUAAGCCAAGAAGCGGGACGGUUGGCAAAACCAUAAAUUGUGAAUUUGAUCACUUGUGCAUUUCGAAAUACUACUAUAACCUAAAUUAAAAUCAAGGUUAACAAAAGUCAUCCCAUUUUUUGUUUAGCUCCAUACUGUUUGAAGGUGGUGUCCAACAACAUUCCAACAACGUAUUUAUUCGGUUUACCUGUUUAUUUUUAAGACCCAAAUUGGGUGUAUAUCUGUCACGUUCUUCAGGGGUCAUCAUGUAUAUCUACUUGUAAACGCAGAUGAAAUGAGGACUUGAGAAAAUUUCACCUCUGAUUCACUGUAUUCUGUGAAUACCUUUAAAAUCAACAUACUGUUCAUUUUAAGAAGAAUGAAUUCGCUUUUUAGGGGUGAAACUUUCAAUGUGGAGAUGAGAACUCUAUUUGAUUUGUCAAGCUUUCACUGUGGCACUGAAGGGAAGAUGACGACCUGUGAAAAGAGUCUGUUUCUGAUUCACGUUUUUCCGCUAUGGUUGUAAUUUUUCGUUUUCAUCCAUUGUACAGCAUGCAAUAAAACACUAGAACAUGUCAAACAGACAUCUCCACGUGAAAAAUGUAUUUUGAUUUUCACUUUGUUGAGUAUAAGCUAUGGUCAGUUAGUGUCCAAAAUGUGUACGAUUUGCGGUUUUACAUCACUGUAUACACAGUUUGAGCUUUAUCCCUGAAGUGGACGAAUUGGACAAUCUUAAGGAAUGAUUCCUUGACAGUUUGUGUGCCUGGAAAGAGCUGUCCGAGGCAGGUGAGGAUAUGAUGUGGUCAGUUUAUAGAUAUAAAUAUAUAUUUAAAGGAUGAUGGAAUUAUAUUUAGGGAUAACAUAUGGUGAAUAUUAUAUCACCAUCUCUGGGAUAUAAAGUGAAAGUUGAAGUUCGCUGCUCAUCUGUAUAUACAUGGAUGUUUGACAUAUUUCAGGCAUUUUCUCUUAACUGUUGUUGGUUUGUCAUGUACUGUAUGUUAGAGAGAUGUAAUUAUUUUUAUUAAUUUAUAUCAGUAGAGAAACCCUCCCAAAUAUUCUGAUGCAUCAACUGUAUUUCCUUGGGCAAUGCAUCUGAGCCACGUUUUUUGUCUUAUUUGAAUACGAAACCGGUCUCAGUUAGCUUUGUUUUAUAAGUCCAGACUUUUGAAAGUCCAGACUUUCCUUUUGUUCUUGCAUCCAUGUAUUAGAACUAAAUCUAUGAAAUCUUCAGAUUGCAACAUUUAAUAGAAAAAAAUAUUUUUAAUUAUGGGAUAUUUUAUCCAGAGAAUUAUUUUGUUAAUAAAUUUGGAAAAGAAUAAUUAUAAAGUUUAUUUAAAUAAAAGAAGAACAAAUUUAUUUCAUAUCAGGGGUGUAUCGGCCAAUGAUGACGUUACUUGUAAACCUUUUUAAUUAGCUGUAAUCUUGCAUUCUUAACCAAUAAGCUACUCUAUAUGUUCAAGAACUGUAGUUAAAUGUUUUGGUGCUUUAUAAUUCUAUAGCCAGGCCAUAUACUCUCAUUGUUGCCAUCCAGAAAAAAGACAAUUGUUUUUGCUAACAUCAGGUUUUCUUUGGAUAAAUGUCUCUUACGAUGCAUUGUGCUUACAGUGCAAAAGCAGUCAUCACAACACUCGUGACAACUCAAAUAAUUCAGAAAUGUAGCAAUGUGUGUCUUUUUGUUUUAUUUCAUAAAACUACAGUAGUUGCCGUGUCACCCACCCAUAGUGAAACUGGCCGGUCAAUUUGGGCCAUCUCAUUAAAAAACAAAAGGAAAUAAAAAUCUUUGUCAUUGUUAAUUUACCUCAAGAAAGCUUUGGACUAUUUUAAACAUGUAAAAAUCAUAUAUCAGUAACUCACAGAAGAAAACGACAUGGUAACAAAGACACACUUCAUAAAGAGGAUAACGUUAUUGUUAUGGUUUCCUUUUCUUUGUUGUAACUGAAAUAUCACGAUUCAUCAUUGACUGCUUUCGUUUUUUAAUUUUUCUAAACACUUUGUAAAUUGAGUUACUCAGUAUUUCUGGAGAAGCACAGCCUGCUUUUGCCAAAGGAUUUCAGACGUGUUAUGGUGUGAAAUAAUUACACUAAACUAAUUGAUGGACUAACAAAAAAUGUUUAAGUUAAACGGUUUUGAAAAAAAGAUGCAUCUCAUUCAGUUACAAUAAACAGGAAACAAAUCUCACUCAGCAUAAAAGUUCCACUUCAAGAGAUUUGAGUCCAUUUUGUAUUUUUGUAUAAACCUGUACAUAUUAAAUUUCUAAAGUAAAAAAGACAACUGUUUCAUUUUGUAAAAUGUUUUAAAAGUUUACAUUUAAUUCCAAGCCUUUGUAUAUUUUUGAGCUGUGCAACACUCUCGGUCCUGUAUUUAUUUUUAGUAAACAUUGUGGGAAUUUCAUUGUAAAUUUCAACCAUUUCUUGCCAGCUCACGUGGCUGCUUAGUAACUGUGCAUAGAGAAAGCCAAUAAAUGUGACUGCA